AGAAUGAAACCGAGAAAGUAUAGAAACAGCAAAAAUUAGAUACAAAGCAAAUCAAACACAGAGAGAGAGAGAGAGAGAGAGAGAGAGAGAGAGAGAGAGAGAGAGAGAGAGAGAGAUAGAGCAAGCAAGCUCGCUAGGAGCUAAUUAUAAUUAAUUAACAUCAAGAUGGUGCUGAAGAUAGCAGCUGAUGAUGAUAAUGUUAAUCAGGUGGUUGUGGUAAGAGAAUACGACGAAGAGAGAGAUAAGUUGGCGGUGGAGGAGCUAGAGAGCCGCUGUGAAGUUGGCCAAAAGGGUAAACCUUCUCUUGUGGCCGACCUCAUGGGUGAUCCUAUUUGCCGUGUUCGCCAUUUCUCGACUCAUAUCAUGCUGGUUGCAGAGUGUGGAGAAGAAAAAGAGAUAGUUGGGUUGGUGAGGGGGUGCGUGAAAGAUGUAACAAGAGGGAAUUCAGUUUAUGUAAAGAUGGCCUAUAUUUUGGGACUCAGGGUCUCACCCACGCACAGGAGACUUGGAAUUGGGACAAAACUUGUUCAAAAACUUGAACAAUGGUGCAAAUUAAUGGGUGCAGAGUACGCUUACAUGGCCACUGAUUGUACCAACGAGCCCUCCAUCAAUUUGUUCACUAAAAAAUGUGACUACAUAAAGUUUAGGACCCCAACCAUGUUGGUUCAACCGGUUCAUGCCCAUUACAAGCCAAUUGGUUGGAAGAGAACCGCCAUUGUUCGGGUCCCACCACAGCUAGCUGAGGUUAUGUAUCGUCGGGUCUUUGCAAGUUCAGAAUUCUUCCCAAAAGACAUAGACGCCAUUUUGGGCAGCAAGCUCAAUCUGGGUACCUUCAUGGCCAUACCAAAAAUGUACCUCCCUAAGUGGGACCCAAGAGAGAGUCUUUUUCCUCCCAGUUUUGCUAUCAUGAGCGUGUGGAAUACAAAGGAAGUGUUUAAGCUUCAAGUGAAGGGGGUGUCCAUGCUAACCUACGCCUGUUGCGUAGGGAGUAGGGUAGUGGAUGCAUGGUUGCCGUGGCUGAGAUUGCCUUCGUUUCCUGAUGUUUUUAGGAAGUUUGGGGUUUAUUUCAUGUACGGUCUACACAUGGAAGGUAAGCAUGGGUCCUAUUUGAUGAAAUGUCUCUGCAACUUCGCUCAUAAUAUGGGUAGGGACGAUGAAGGAUGUGGGGCCGUGGUGGCUGAGGUGGGCCAGAGGGAUCCUGUUAGAGAGGUGGUCCCACACUGGAGGAAGUUUUCAGUGGCUGAGGAUUUGUGGUGCAUCAAGAAGUUUAGAGAUGCAAAGCAGCUGGGAGAGAGUAGUGAAACAAGUGAGCCGUCGGAUUGGAUUAGGUCCCGGUCUUCUUCAUCUGUUAUUUUUGUUGACCCACGUGACUUUUGAGUACAGUUUUUAGAUUAAUAAUCUCAUGUGCAAGUAUUACCACCCCACUAAAAAAGGAAAAAAAAAAAAAGUAUUUAUAAUAGUAGAUCCAACAUCAAUGAAAUUAAUUCACCAUC